UUUUAUUACCAAUUUACCACAAUUUCACACACUCCGUGUCGCUAAAUUUUCACGCAUCAACUGUCCCUUAUAUUUAGGAAGAUAUCUUGAUCAACUGGGGUUCAAUUGUGGGGCUUAAGCAUCCCUUUUUUUCUUGAUUGGAAUGACCAAGAGUUUUGAGUAUUGGGAUUCUUGCUGGGAAUUUUGUAGACUUAACUUCCAGAUGUUUCUGUAGACGCCACUUUCUUGAUCAGAGGGGUUUUCUCUUUUAAAGACCGUCUUCUUGAUGGAAGCAGCUUCUGAAACUUGGAGAUGGGAUUGAGUCGUUGAAAGUGGCAACAAUGGGGAGAAUCUUGGGGGGGUUUGUGUUGCCGCUGUUGCUCUUGACAGCUGGGUUACUAAAUUGGAGUUUGAUAUCUCUCAUUAAUUUGGUGACUUCUCUUCUUUUCCAGUUGUCUUUCCCCAAAAGAGGAUUUCGAUUUAGAUGGAGAGUCCUCUCUUUGUGGUUUGUUUUCAUAUACUCGGUUAUCGUGAUUGUUGUGCAAGUGAUUUUUCUUACUCUAUGUGCAAUUCUGGGUUCGCAAUGGAGCAUUCAGGAUGGCUGGUGGAUAAAGCUAUUUGGACUUAUGAAGGUCCAUUCCUGGAGAUCUCCCACUGUAAUCUAUUUCCUCCUUGUAGAAUUAUCAGCGACGCUUGUUGCUUUCAUUGAGAUCAACAGAAACAAGUUUGGCUUUACAGAAUCUCGAGCUUCAUGCUGGGGUUAUUUGUCUUCAGUUCUUGAACACAUAGGUUAUCGGCUUAGGUUGGUUUCCUGCUUAGUUCUGCCUGCUGUGCAGUUGGCUUCGGGGAUCAGCAAUCCUUCUUGGAUUUCUUUACCUCUGUUCAUUUGCAGCUGUGUUGGUCUUGUUGAUUGGUCCUUAACGAGCAACUUUUUAGGCCUUUUCAGGUGGUGGAAGCUGCUCCAGGUAUAUGCUGGCUUCACCAUUUUCCUACUUUACGUGUAUCAGCUUCCUAUUGGAUUUCCGCAAUCAUUUCAAAUGAUAGCUGACUUGAUUGGCCUAUACAAAGCAUCUGUUGAUUCCGAUUGGCAAGAAAUUUGUUCUGGUAUUUCUCUGAUGGUGUUCUACUAUAUGCUCUCUUUCGUAAAACAUGAUUUACAAGACAUGGAAUUCAUGAUGUCCAUGAGACAAGGCAGCUUAACUGAGCAACUUCUUCCCUCAAAAAGUUCUUUCUUUGUUCGUCAGUUGAGGUCUGGUGUAAGGCACACCAAUAUUUUACUGAGGGGAACUGUUUUCAGGUUUUUCAGUAUCAACUGGUUCACUUAUGGCUUCCCUAUAUCGUUGUUCGCUCUCUCGUACUGGAGCUUCCAUUUUGCAAGUAUAUGUGCAUUUGGAUUACUUGCGUAUGUUGGGUAUGUUUUGUAUGCUUUCCCGUCCUUGUUCCGGUUGCAUCGGUUGAAUGGGUUGCUUCUUGUGUUCAUUCUCUUGUGGGCUGUGAGCACAUAUGUUUUCAAUGUGGCUUUUGCAUAUGUGAACUGGAAACUUGGCAAGGAUAUGGAGAUCUGGGAGAUGGUUGGAUUGUGGCAUUAUCCUAUCCCUGGGUUCUUCCUUCUAGCACAAUUCAGUCUUGGAAUUCUUGUAGCUCUUGGCAAUCUUGUAAACAACUCAGUAUUUCUAUGCCUGUCAAAUGAGGAGCAGUCCUCUAAUGAGAAUCAGAUUGAGGAAGUGAAAGAAGAUGCCAAGGUCUUGAUUGUGGCUACAAUUGCUUGGGGGCUGCGGAAAUGUUCUCGACCUAUUAUGCUGUUGCUGAUUUUCCUAAUAGCUACAAAACCUGGUUUAAUUCAUGCUGUUUAUAUGAUAUUCUUCUUUGUGUACCUUUUGAGCCAUAAAGUCGAUGCAAGAAUGCGCCAAGCCCUUAUUCUUCUGAGCGAGGCUCAUUUUGCGAUUUUAUAUAUUCUUCAGCUUAAUCUUGUCUCUCGAAAACUGGAACAGAAAGGCUCUAUAAGUUUGGAAGUGUUGUCACAAUUAGGUCUCCUUGAAAGGGAUAGUACUUGGGACUUCCUGGAAAUAGCUCUGCUUGCAUGCUUUUGCGCCAUUCAUAACCAUGGUUUUGAAAUGUUGUUCUCAUUUUCUGCCAUUGUUCAGCACACACCUUCUCCUCCAAUUGGAUUUAGCAUUCUGAAAGCCGGUUUGAACAAAUCGGUUCUUUUGUCAGUUUAUGCCACCUCCAACACAAGGGAUGACUGUGAGAAUCAUUCCCAUGAAAGAAGGGUGGCACUGUAUCUGACUGCAAUUGGAGAGAAGUUCUUAUCUCUUUACAGAUCAUUUGGAACCUACAUUGCUUUCCUGACCAUUCUUCUCGCGGUGUACCUUGUGAGACCUAAUUACAUAUCAUUUGGUUAUGUUUUCCUUCUCCUUUUCUGGAUCAUCGGGAGACAGCUUGUUGAGAGGACCAAAAGGCGUCUAUGGUUUCCACUCAAAGCAUAUGCAAUUACGGUUUUUUUAUUCAUUUAUAUUUUGAGCAUUUUUCCCACUUUCGAGAUGUGGAUGUCCAAAAAAGUCGAUCUUUAUGUAUGCUUUGGGUAUGAUGCUGAAGCUGCUUUGUUGGAAAAUCUUGGGGAGUCUCUGGCCAUUGUGAUUGUCAUGCAACUUUACAGCUACGAGAGAAGACAAAGCAGAUGCAUAAUACCGGAAGAUCCUGAUUCAUUGCAGCUGGGAAUAUUGGGGUUCACUAAACGAUUUCUGAUCUGGCACAGUCAAAAGAUUUUGUUUGUUGCCCUGUUCUAUGCUUCAUUGUCUCCAAUAAGUGCAUUUGGCUUUCUGUAUCUUCUUGGUCUCGUUUUGUCUACUGCCCUGCCUAAAGCUUCCAGAAUACCAUCGAAAGCAUUCGCAAUUUACACAGGAUUUCUGGUUACAGCUGAAUAUCUGUUUCAGAUGUGUGGUAAACUUGCUAAAAUGUUUCCUGGACAAAAGCACCACGAUUUGGCGCUUUUCCUGGGUUUACAGGUAUAUAGACAAAGUUUUGAGGGCCUAGAAGCAGGCUUGAGGGCAAAAGUGCUGGUGAUUGCUGCAUGUACCCUUCAGUAUAAUGUUUUCCGCUGGUUGGAAACAAUGCCACGUUCCCUUCUGAAUGAAGGGAUAUUACAGGAACCCUGUCCUUUAUUUGUUUCAGCUGAAGAUGUUUUGACUGUUCGUCCAACUUCCAAUGGGAGUAACCGGACAUUACCUGAAUCUAGUUCUAGUGACUUUUCUGCACAAAGGGCAAGAAGCAACUCAUGGCCUUUAAUGCCUGGUAAUGAUCAAACAUCUGAGGACUCGUCCUCCAGUAGAAGCACUCACAAUGGAAAUAAUAGAAAAUAUUCAUUUGGUUAUAUCUGGGGAAGCAUGAAGGAAAAUCCCAAAUGGAAUAAGAAAAGGAUUGUCGCUCUGAGACAGGAGAGAUUUGAAAUGCAGAAGACAACACUAAAAGUUUAUUUGAAGUUUUGGAUGGAGAACAUGUUCAACCUCUUUGGCCUGGAGAUCAAUAUGAUAGCACUACUACUUGCCAGUUUUGCUUUAUUGAAUGCCAUCUCUAUGUUCUAUAUUGCAUGUCUCGCUACAUGUGUUCUGUUGGGACGUCCUAUCAUACGUAAACUGUGGCCUGUGUUUGUCUUUCUGUUUGCUACCAUUCUUCUUGCCGAAUACUUUGCUAUGUGGAAGAAUGUCAUUACUUUGGAUGAGCAUGAUUCGGACACCCAUGGGCAUUGCCAUGAUUGCUGGAAGAACUCAAAAAUAUAUUUUCACUUUUGUGUGAAGUGUUGGUUGGGGAUUGUGGUUGAUGAUCCUCGCACACUGAUCAGUUAUUUUGUGGUCUUCAUGGUCGCAUGUUUUAAACUCCGUGCAGACCGUGCAUCAAGUUUUUCAGGGUCAUUUACUUAUCACAAGAUGGUUUCUCAGCGGAAAAAUGCUUUUGUCUGGCGAGAUCUCUCAUUUGAAACCAAAAGCAUGUGGACAUUUCUGGACUAUUUGAGGGUUUACUGCUACUGUCAUCUAUUAGAUCUAGUACUUUCUCUGAUUUUAAUUACAGGAACUCUGGAGUAUGACAUCCUGCACCUUGGAUACCUUUGCUUUGCUCUUAUUUUCUUCCGUAUGAGGCUUACCAUACUAAAGAAGAAAAAUAAGAUCUUCAAGUAUUUGCGUGUAUACAAUUUUGCUGUAAUUGUUCUCUCUCUGGGUUAUCAGUCUCCUUUUAUUGGUGAUUUUAAUGCGGGGAAGUGUGGAACCAUUGAUUACAUUUAUGAGGUGAUUGGUUUCUACAAGUAUGAUUAUGGAUUUCGGAUUACAUCAAGAUCUGCAUUGGUAGAAAUUAUCAUUUUUGUCCUGGUAUCAUGUCAAUCAUAUAUGUUUGCUUCCUCAGAGUUUGAUUAUGUAUUUCGAUAUCUUGAAGCGGAGCAAAUUGGUGCUAUUGUACGGGAGCAAGAGAAGAAAGCUGCUUGGAAAACUGAACAGUUGCAGCAUAUUCGUGAGUCCGAAGAGAAGAAACGUCAGCGUAACUUACAAGUGGAGAAGAUGAAAUCAGAGAUGCUCAACCUACAAAUCCAGCUCCAUGGUAUGAAUUCUGCUACAGCUUGUCCCACUGCUUCACCUACUAAUGAAGGCUUGAGAAGACGGAAGAAUGCUUUACUUAAUCUGCAAGACACUGGCAACCUUGAGAAACAGGAUAGCAAUAUUAAUCCUGAUUCAGUUUUCCUUUUCAAUGUGUAUGAAUCUCCCAGAAGCGCAAGAGCAGAAACUCCAUUUGCCGUAGACUCUACAAAGCACCCAAUGGAUGCUUCUAUCAGUGAGAUAACUGAACUUGGGGAGGAUGCAAGUGAUUAUGCUAUUAAUGAUUAUGACAAAGUAAAGAAAGGUAAAACCCAGUCAAACGAAAACCCUUUAGCUUCGGCUGUACAAUUGAUAGGUGAUGGUGUUUCUCAAGUACAGUCAAUUGGAAAUCAGGCAGUUAGCAAUCUUGUGAGCUUUCUGAAUAUCGCACCUGAAGAUUCAGAUUCAAAUGAGCCGUCAACUUUGGAAGAUGGAUUUUCUAACGAGAAAAGGAUCCCAGAUAUUAAACAGACACAUUUGAGCAGUUCAUCUUCUCUGCAGUCUGACAAGAGUAGAACUCCGAGCUCUGCAAGUCUGCAGAUUGGACGAAUAGUCCGUCAUAUAUGGUCCCAGAUGCGAUCGAACAAUGAUGUGGUCUGUUACUGUUGUUUUGUUCUUGUUUUCCUUUGGAAUUUCAGUUUGCUUUCUAUGGUUUACUUGGCUGCUCUCUUUCUAUAUGCACUCUGCGUCAAUACUGGGCCAAAUUACAUCUUCUGGGUUAUAAUGCUAAUCUAUACGGAAAUUUAUGUUUUGGUUCAGUAUUUGUACCAAAUAAUGAUCCAGCAUUGUGGUUUCAAAAUCCAGUCCAGCCUUCUACGUGAGUUGGGGUUUCCUACUAAAAAGAUAACAUCGUCAUUUGUUAUCAGUUUACUGCCUCUGUUUUUGGUGUAUUUAUUUACUCUAAUACAGAGCUCUAUAACUGCAAAAGAUGGUGAAUGGUUUUCGGUAGGAUUUACUAAUUGCAAAGGGGGUUUGCUCAGUCGAGUGGAGUUUCAUUCUGUCUCUAGCUGGAGUGAGAAAGCAAAGAAGGUUUUCCAGUUAAUAAAACAGGUGGUUGGAUUGGUGGUCAGUAGCUGUUCUAGAUACUGGAAAUCACUGACACAAGAAGCAGAAUCUCCUCCAUACUUUGUUCAAUUGUCCAUGGAUGUCAAAGUGUGGCCAGAGGAUGGGAUUCAACCGGAGAGGAUUGAAUCUGGAAUCAAUCAGCUGCUGCAGCUUGUACAUGAUGAAAACUGCAAGUGUGAAAUGCCAAAGCGCUGCCCCUGUGCAAGCAAGGUUCAAAUUCGAAGCAUUGAAAAGAGUUCUGAAGACACUAAUGUGGCCUUGGCUGUUUUUGAAGUGGUUUAUGUUGCUUCUUCAACAGACUGUAGGCCAUCAGAACAGUUCAAAUCUCUUACUCCGGCGGCUGAUGUAGCGAAGGAGAUCCUUAAAGCACAACACUGGGGGCUUGCUGAAGUAGUUGGAUUUCCUUACCCCAUACUUUCAGUAAUUGGGGGCGGAAGACGAGAAAUUGAUCUAUAUGCCUAUAUAUUUGGUGCUGACUUGAUCGUUUUCUUUCUGGUUGCCAUAUUCUACCAGUCGGUCAUUAAAAAUAAAAGUGAAUUUCUUGAGUACUAUCAAUUUGAGGAUCAAUUCCCAAAAGAGUUUGUAUUUAUUUUAAUGAUAAUCUUCUUCUUGAUUGUUGUUGAUCGCAUCAUAUACCUAUGUUCAUUUGCUACGGGAAAGGUCAUCUUUUACGUUUUCAACCUCAUUCUUUUCACUUAUGCUAGCACUGAGUAUGCUUGGAGUAUGGAUACUUCGCGGCAGAAUACUGCUGGGCUGGCCCUUCGGGCAAUAUAUCUUACUAAAGCAAUUUCUCUGGCCUUACAAGCAAUGCAAAUUCGUUAUGGCGUGCCCCAUCGAAGCACAUUGUAUCGCCAGUUCCUAACCAGUGAAGUUUCUCGUGUUAACUAUCUUGGGUACAGGCUCUAUCGAGCUUUGCCUUUCUUAUAUGAAUUGCGAUGCGUCCUAGAUUGGUCAUGCACGACCACAUCAUUGACAAUGUAUGACUGGCUGAAGUUGGAGGACAUAAACGCGAGCUUGUAUCUUGUGAAAUGUGAUAAUGUACUGAACAGGGCUUCGCAUAAACAAGGAGAGAAGCAGACAAAGAUGACCAAGUUCUGCAAUGGAAUAUGUCUAUUCUUUAUACUUAUAUGUGUUAUUUGGGCUCCAAUGCUGAUGUACAGUAGCGGUAAUCCAACAAAUAUCGCAAAUCCGAUCAAUGAUGCCAGUUUUCAAUUGGACAUCAAGACAAAUGGAGGCAGAUUGACCUUGUAUCAAACAACGCUUUGUGAAAGAAUUGCGUGGGAUAAUGUCAAUGCAGAUGCUGAUCUUGAUCUCCAACAUUAUUUGGAUUCAUAUAAUGUGAAAGACAUUCAGCUCAUUUGUUGCCAAGCUGAUGCAAGUUCUCUAUGGCUUGUCCCUGAUGUGGUUCAGAAGCAUUUUAUCCGGUCCCUUAAUAGUAGCAGCAUGGACAUCAGGUUUUCUUGGGUACUUAUGAGAGACCGACCAAAAGGCAAGGAAAUGGUGAAAUAUGACAGAAGUGUCGAUCCAUCAAAUCUUCCAAAACCAUCAGAAGUUGAGGCGGUUCUGAAUGGUUCCUUGAGUAGCUUUAGGAUUUAUAAUAUUUAUCCAAGAUUUUUCCGGGUCACUGGUUCUGGAGAAAUUAGACCUUUCGAGCAGGAGGUAAAUGAUGUCAGUGCGAACAUUGUCUUACAUCAUGCGAUCCAUGAAUGGUGGUCAUUCCAUGAUAUCAAUUCAUUGGACGCAUAUGGCUGUGGAGUUUUGUCCGGGCCUAUGGCCGUCAUUGUAUCAGAGGAAACCCCACAGGGAUUUCUUGGUGAGACUCUCAGCAAAUUCAGUAUUUGGGGUCUCUAUAUCACAUUCGUCCUUGCAGUUGGUCGGUUUAUUAGAAUGCAAUGCUCUGACUUACGGAUGAGAAUACCAUACGAGAAUCUUCCUUCAUGCGACAGGUUGAUUGCCAUCUGUGAGGAUAUAUACGCAGCAAGAGCAGAAGGUGAACUUGGAGUUGAAGAGGUACUCUACUGGACGUUGGUGAAGAUUUAUAGAUCGCCACAUAUGCUGCUCGAGUACACUAACCCUGACUAGUUUUGGCGGGUCGAAGGCUAUUAUUGUACACUAAACCACAAACUGCUGAUGAUAGGAUUGACUAACCUCCGAUAGAUGAUACUGACUGAGAGUGUAAAAUGCAGUUCCAUAUACUUCUCAACAUGUGUUUUUUUCCGUCUACGUUGAGAAGCAUCUCAAUUGUUGAGUGUUUUCAUGAUGAAAAUAGCCUCUAACUCUAGGGUCAGGAAAGAAGCCUAUAUCAUUAUUUCCCAUGUGUAACUGUACCAUAAUGAUAAUGAAUGAAUCCAUGUUUCUGCUUCUA